AUGCACAAUUUAAAGAGUUCAUCGACAUUGGUACACGAAGUUCUAUUCUUCGAAGUCGUACUGGAAUACUUGCCAACGUUGUCCGGCAACUACCGCCUGCUGUAUAAGGGGCACACGUACUGGUGCGACAAGAACAGGCGUCUGAACAAAAUGUGCUGCAAGUGGUACUGCUCCAAGAAGAAGAGGAGAAAAUGUCCCGCGUCGCUGUAUACCGUAGAAGUACACAUGACGCAGUCGCAGAAGGGGAGGUCGCUGCUCUCGUGCUCGGGGUACACCUUCUACCUGCCGACGGCGUACCGCCAGCUCGACGGCAGGAAGUCGAUGAGGCGCUGGUACUGUUCCACCAACAGGCCCAGGGGCUGCACCGCGCACAUCGUCACCAAGAGGGGCGCCGUCGUGGUGGUGGACAACAACCACAACCACAUGCCGAAGCCGGUCUCGUUGAAGUACCACGAACCGAGGAUGUGGAGUUAC